CGUUAUUACAUAUAUAUUAUAUUGAAAUUAUAUUAUUAUAAUCGUAUACACAUAUUAUUUUGUCAUUUGUAAUAUAUUUCAUGAUUUUAAUUCACAACUUUUUGAUUUCCCAUUAUUUCAAUGAUUCCAUGUUACAAUUUUAACAGUAUAAUUUUUAAUUCCAAGAGAUAUUUUACACACUAUCGAUUUCAUAAAAGGGUUGGAAAGGGAAACUGGAACAGAUAUGUUGAAAGAUACACUAAGCCAGCAUCAAUUGAGAACACUCAACCUAUCCACUUUAACUACAAGGCCUCUUAUCAAUCCACCAAAAAUUCUUUAUCCUACCUUUGGGAUUUACCUAAAAAGAUAGCGGCUGCCACUACUUCAAAUAAACUUUUAGAAUCAUGGAUUUAUUACAGGCAUAAGAGGAAGAAGCUUUAUCACUAUGUUCUGGCUUUAAAACGUUUAAGUGAGAUAAAAAAUGUAGAUAUAUCAGACUGGAGAUUCAAGCUUAUAGUAAAGAAGGUUAUUAAAAGAUCAAGAUACUUUACAGAUUUACCCACGGUUUGUUUAUAUUUGGGGAAUUUAAAGUGUGUGGAUGCUAUUGAGAAGGUUACAUAUCAUCUGAUAGAACGAAUGGAAUAUUAUUCACCAUUUCAGCUUGGGAGAAUAUCAAGUGCAUUUUCAUCCUGCAGGAUUUUUAAUAAAUAUUUGUUUUCUUUGCUGGCUACUCGGUUCAUCUCUCUUAUUGAUAUCGCAGAAAACGCUUCAAUUUCGUCCGUAGCAAGGGGCUUUGCAAACUGUAUGGUUUAUAAUUUCAGGCUUUUUAAUUCUGUAUCACUUGAGUUCCUCAGAAGAUUAAAUUAUGACACUUCUCAUUCAAAAGAACGGCAAAACAACUGUAGUCAUUUACUAUUUUACUUUAAAACAUCACACAAAGCACCUAACCUUGAGCAACUAAUUGAUUUGGCCGAGUCUUUCGCCAUUUCAAAAUACAAGGACUUAAAUUACUUUGAAACCCUAACAAAUGUUCUGAUUGAUUACCUCAACGCACAUGAAAUAGUUGACCCAACUCUUAUAUCAAGAGCCAUUUCAGUGUACAAUAAACUUAAAAUUAACGAUUAUCAACUACUUGAACAAGUUUUGGAUAAGGUUUAUUCUACGCCAUAUAACUUUCCUCCAAUACAUAUCGCAUCAAUCAUGAAGGACAUUUCAUCAAUGCUCCCGAGGGGUUUGAAUAUUCAUAAAAGUAAAUUCGAAUACAUCCUGAACCAUUUAUUAUCAUAUGUCAAUGAUUUGGAUAAUAAAUCUUUGACUGACUUGGCAAUCUUUGUCACUAACGCUGGUUUAUCAACACUUGAGUUGAUGAAUUCUAUUCAAAAUAAUGUAUUGAAGAACUCAGUUCAAGACCAGAGCUCAGAAUAUGACUAUCCUAGGCUGUUUGAGAUUUUAUCCUCUAAAUCUAAGUUGAAUGAAGAAAGUUUUAAGCUUUUAUGCCUCUAUUCAAGGCGACUCUUGAAUAAGUUUGAGCCGUGUGACUUCCUCAGAGUUUCAAGAUUAUUGAGGAAGCAUAAGGAAAUAAACUCGGAUGUCCUACUUCCCAAUCUAAUGGGAAUCAGGCUCUCUGAGGUUCAUGGAGAAUUUACACCUUCUCAGUACAACUGUGUCGCUAGGGACCUUACUCUGUCAGGGAAGGUACAAAAAGGAAUUUUGUCUGAAAUUUGGAGCAAAAACACAUACGGCAAAGGGUUCAGGCCGCCAAAUAUAUAAUGUGAUAUUAAAAAUACUAUAUAUAUCGAAUAUAACUAUAUUAGAGGAAGGAAUUAGAAGAGUCUAAACUGCUUGCGAGGAUUGCCGAAGAUUUCAUUUUUCUCGACCUUUAGAACAUUAAACCUGACGGUCUUUGAUAGUGGUCUGCAUUGGCCAACAGUUACGAUAUCACCAGCAGAUACAGUAAAACAGGGUGAAACGUGGCAAGGAACGUUCUUGUGCCUCUUCUCAAACCUAUUGUACUUUGGAACGUAUUGUAGGUAAUUGACCCUCAUGACCAAGGUGUUCUUCAUCUUGUGAGAGAUGACCAUACCCUUUAAAACUCUUCCCCUGAUGGAGACGUUUCCGGUAAAUGGACACUUCUUAUCUACGUAGUGGCCCUCUUUCGCCUCCUUUGGGGUUACAAAACCCAUACCGACAUCUUUCCAGUAUCUAGCCUUAUUUCCAAGCUUCUGGAGCUUCUUAAUGCUCACGUUCGCCUGUUUUUGGAAGGCUUUAUGAACCUAUGCAAAUAAUUGUUAUAUGAAUAAAAAAAUUACCUGAACGUCUGCUCUGUCCAUUUUAAAAAUUGGAUUACGAUAUUUGAGAUAUUGUGGUGUUUGUUGUCUCCAACAAUCAGCAAUGAUUAUGAUUUUAAUUUAAGGAUCCAAUUUUUGCUUAAAAUAAAUCGAGACCGUAUAACGGGAGGAAAUUAAAUGAACGAUAUCUUAAGAAUCUUGUUCUAUAAUGAUGGGGUACGAUUCUGAGCUAUAGAUGGGGAAAUAAAAAAAUAAU